AUGGCCGCCCUCUGGGAGAACAAUGGGCAACCAGGCCAGUUUCCCCUCGAACAAUGGUUCUAUGAGAUGCCACCCGUCACCCGGUGGUGGACGGUAGCCACCGUCGCAACCUCACUCUUGGUGCAGUGCCACAUCGUGACCCCAUUCCAGCUGUUCUACAGCUUCCGCUCUGUGUACGUUAAAUCGCAGUACUGGCGACUACUCACGACAUUCCUCUAUUUCGGGCCCCUCAAUCUCGACUUAAUAUUCCACGUCUUCUUUCUGCAGCGCUACUCACGUCUCUUGGAAGAAAGCUCCGGCCGCUCCCCAGCCCACUUCGCAUGGCUGAUCUUCUACGCCAUGACAACUCUCCUUAUCAUCUCGCCUUUCCUCUCAAUACCCUUCUUGGGAAGCGCGCUUUCCUCCAGCUUGGUCUACAUCUGGGCCCGGCGCAACCCAGACACCCGUCUCAGUUUGCUGGGAUUGCUGGUCUUCACUGCUCCUUAUCUGCCCUGGGUACUGAUGGGAUUCAGUGUGAUUGUGCAUAAGAUCGUGCCGAAGGAUGAGAUGCUCGGUGUUGUCGUCGGUCAUAUCUGGUACUUCUUCAACGAUGUCUACCCACCCCUGCAUGGUGGCCACCGUCCGUUUGACCCACCGCGCUGGUGGCGGCGUCUGUUUGAGCCUGCCCCUGGACCUAAUGAGCGCGCGACUGAUGCGGCUAAUGUGAACCGCGAGUUUGUGGCUGCAGCGGCGCCCGAGGUUCGAUGA